CUCCUUCAUUGGUCAGACUUCACAUCAAUCUAGUCAUUUCCGAGAGCUCCUCAAGUUUGAAACUUUUUUUUUUAUGAGGUGGAGGAAUCGGGUUACAACGAACUUUCGUAACCGAUCUGUGCAGCGGGCGAGAGAAGAAAACUGUUCAAUAAUUUACACAUCUGCGGCUGAUACACGAAGCCGACAGUUUAACGGCGCAAAACCAUCAAAAACAUGCUGUGAUGACGACGUUAGACGCCUUGUCAGGAUGAAAACUUGAGAUUUCUUUCGGAUUAAUUUGUCAUCACCACCCCCGUGUCCCUCUGAGAGACUUGACCAUGGACUCCUUCAGCACCAAGAGCUUAGCCUUGCAGGCACAGAAGAAACUCAUGAGCAAAAUGGCAACUAAGAGCGUGGCCAACCUCUUCAUUGAUGACACCAGCAGCGAAGUAUUGGAUGAGCUGUACCGCGUCACCAAAGAGUACACCCGCAACCGUAAAGAGUCCCAGAAGAUCAUCAAGAAUUUGAUCAAAAUGGUGGUGAAGCUGGGUGUGCUCUACAGGAAUAACCAGUUCAACAGUGAGGAGCUAAUCGUGGUGGAGAACUUCAGGAAGAAGGUCCACACUCUGGCCAUGACGGCGGUCAGUUUCCACCAGAUCGAGUUCACCUUCGAUCGUCGCGUCAUGAGCGCCAUUUUGAAUGACUGCCGAGAACUGCUCCACCAGGUCAUCAAACGUCACUUGACGGCUAAGAGCCACUCCCGGGUCAACCAUGUCUUCAAUCACUUUGCCGACUGUGAUUUCCUGGCCGCACUGUACGGGCCCUCGGAGGUUUAUCGUGCCCACCUGCAGAGGAUCUGUAACGGCAUCAAUAAGAUGCUUGACGAUGGAAGCCUCUGACCUCUGUGACCUUGGGCUUGUCGUGAGGCAACUUUACCUCAAAUCAACUUGAUGUCCCAUCAUGCAUGACUUUUUUUUUUUUUUUUCUUUCAAAGGACGCUCAUUGACCUGAUGACACACACACACACUUGUUUGUGUGCUGACCGGAUAUUAUUGUAACACUGAAGUGUCCUUGACUUGUUAAUUCAAAGUGUUGUCCAGUUUGUCUUUUUUUUAUUUCACAGUAAACCCAGCAGAUGAUUUAUAUGAAUGUAAAACUCAGUACUCCCAUCAGUAUAUUCUGAAAAAGGAGCUUUAACAACUGUUUUUAAUCCUCAUUCCGGCAACAACACGCUUGUUCUUGUGUUUAAAGUGGUCAUAUUGUGGGAAGUAAUUCCUCAUCUUCCUGUUUUAAUCAGAUAUGGUUGCAGUCUCACAUUAAAUGUUCUUAGCACUCCACAUUUCUAUGAUGGUGUGUGUAGCAAUGUAACAUUUAAGCUUGAAACAGCUCGUUUUUUGUUUUUUUUUUUUUUUUUGUUUUUUGACGCAUGGUAUGUCACAGAAGUCCUUACCUGAACUCGUGUUUCCGAGACACACAGACGCUGUUUGCAAGCAAGCUAGGCCCUGCAUCUGAAUACUUGUAUGUUCUAAUGUCUGUUUGGAACCUACCACCAAACCGAUACCGUAGUAUGUACUAGAAAUAAGUGAGCAAGUAGUAGGGACAUAAUAUGGAUGUACUACACUGCCGCCAUCUUACCUGUCCUUUGACCCCAAUGUUAACAGGCAACACAAACGCACAUGCCCACAUAUGAUGUGAAAAUUUCCAUCUUUCAACUGCAAGUUUUUUCUUUUAAUCAACCAACUGUUCCCGAUGCAUAUUUGUACAGUGCCACACAGCCCCGUGUAUGCCGAUCCUGUUUUCAUGUAUGCAUGUAUGUCUGUUAUCUUAUUUGAAUUUUCCCAGAAGUUCCUCUUGUUUGGUUAUCAGACUCCAGCUGCAUCAUAGGACAGUGUAUUGUAGGCCAUUACGGAAGUAAAUCUGUGCCAUCAGUUUGAAUUUGAAUUUUUAAGGUUGAAUGUUUUUAGCAUCAAAAUCAGAGUUUGAAGUUGAAUUUCUAAGGUUGAAUUUGUUUAGCAUCAAAAUAUCCAGCCUCAAAAACUUCAACCUAAAAAAAAAAAUUCAACCUCAAAAAAUAGAAAAGCAGGGAGCAGCAACCGAUCCCUUUCUCAGUCAUCCAACGUCACAGCUUUACUUCCAUAAAUGUUGGAUGAUUGAGACAGGGAUCGGUUGCUUCUCCCUGCUUUUCUAUUUUUUUGAGGUUG